AUGUUGAAGUUCGUCGUUGUGUUGUUGAGUGCCCUGCUCUUGGCAGAGGCCACUAUCGUUCAAGUUCCCUUAAUGAAAGUUAAGGAAACCAAAAACAAGGCCAAUGAAUUGCUGAAAUUGAAGGCCAAAUAUGGCGGUACCCCUAAGGCCAGAGAAGCCGUGACUGAGAAACUCUUCAACUAUGUCGAUGAUUCUUACUACGGCAAAAUCACCAUUGGUACUCCUGCUCAGGAAUUCUUGGUUUUGUUCGAUACCGGCUCCUCCAAUUUGUGGGUUCCUGUAGCUCCCUGCUCCUCGGACAAUCAAGCCUGUGAAAAUCACAAUACCUACGAUCCCAGUGCCUCUUCCACCUAUGUUGCCAAUGGUGAAUCCUUCGCCAUUCAAUACGGAUCCGGUAGCUUGAGUGGUUAUCUUGUCCAAGACACCGUCAAUGUUGAAGGUUUGGAAAUCAAAAAUCAAGUUUUUGCUGCUGCCACCAGUGAACCCGGUGAUACCUUUGUCUACUCUCCCUUCGAUGGCCUCAUGGGUAUGGGCUUCAAGGCUAUUUCCGUUGACGAUGUCACUCCCCCAUGGUACAACAUGAUCCAUCAAGGUUUGGUUACCGACAAGGUCUUCUCUUUCUACUUCACCCGUGAUGGUACUUCAGAUGAUGGUGGUGUUUUGGUUUUGGGUGGCAAUGAUCCCACUCACUAUACUGGUGAUUUCCAUUAUGUUCCUGUCUCCGAAAAGGGUUACUGGCAAUUCGAAAUGACCAGCGCCCACGCUAAUGGUGUUUCCUUGUGUGAUCAAUGCCAAGCUAUUGCUGAUACUGGUACCUCCCUCAUUGGUGUUCCCACCGAUCAAUACGAAGCCAUUCAAGAAGCUAUCGGCGCUACCUUCAGCUAUGAUACCUAUGAAUAUAUGUUGGAUUGUUCGAACAUUGAUAGCUUGCCCGUUGUUACAUUCGAAUUGGGUGGUGGUACCUUCACUUUGGAAGGUUCCGACUAUGUUAUCCAAUCGGACGGUCAAUGCGCCUCAGCUUUCGAAGAUGCUGGUACUGAUUUCUGGAUUUUGGGUGAUGUCUUCAUUGGCAAGUACUAUACCACAUUCGAUUUUGAGAACGAUCGUGUAGGUUUCGCUUUGGCUGUAUAAAUGAAGUGGUGAAUA